UCGAGCAAAGUGGAGUUUUUCAAGGGUUGGAGGCAAAUCUGACAGAACUUCAAGGAUAGUUAAAUUGUUUUUCUUUAAAUUUUGCCCUAUUUUGAAAAAAACCAAACACAUUUGAGUCAAUAAUACAGAAAGUGAUUGGACGCCAGCAUCUUGCUUCUGACGAUAAAUUGUGUGUGGCUCAGUUAAGCACGCACCUGCGAGUUUUCGGGUGACUAGAGUUGCUAUGCGCUGGAAGAUAGCCCACCUUCGGUGUGAAGGGACUGGCUAAGAAGAAAGACAAGUUUUUGGUUUCAAGCCCCGCUCCCUGGAUUGUGUAUUCUAAAUCCUGCAAAUGAUUUAUGACACUAGUGUUGUGAUACUGUAUUGUCGAAUGAGGAAUUAUGCAAUUAUACAGUACAAAAAGAGGCUCUCCAGCCCAUCAUGUCUGUGCUGGUUAUCAAGCACCAGUUUGCCCGAGUUUCUCAGCAGUUGGCUUGUGGCCUUGUUUGCUGUGGCACUUCAAGUGAUUGUCUAAAUACUACUUAAAUGCUGCAGUGGUUCAUGUCUUAGCACACUUUUAGGCAGUGUUCUGGAGACCUAUAACCGUUUGGCAAGCUUCCUGCCCUUUACCUUAAAUUUUUAGCCUGUACUUAUUGAUCCCUAACUACAAAGAGGAAAGGUUUGUUCUUAUUUACUGUAGCUAUCCCACUCAUGAUCAUGUACAUCUCAAUCAGGUGGUCCUUUGGUCUUGUGUACUCUAGAGAGUCCCAGUCUACGUAGUUUUUCUUCAUCGCUGAAACAUGCUAGCCCAGACAACAUUGCGAUGAAUCUCCUCUGCACCUCUGUGAAUACAGGUCAAAAGUACUGAUUUAAAAUCUUACUGUCUUCCAGCUCCACCCACAAUCUGGGAUCUAGUCACAUGCACACCAAAAUCCAGCUGGUUGACUAACACCCUGAAGGCUGCAGAAUCCCCAGUGGAAAAUGAUAUACUGUUCUUCGAGUUUGCAUUGAGGUUUGCUGAAGCACUGCAGCAAGCCUGAGACAGCUGUUGACCAGAGAACACUUGAACUAGCAGGCAGUAGGAAGCUCAGGGUGAAUAUAUGUGUUCUGCAAGGUGGUCUGCCUUUGGAACUCUGUAUCAAGUUUAAUAAUUUUGGGUCGGGCCUUCUACCACAAUCAUGCCCCAACCCCCAUACACCAAGCCUCGUCAUCAAAUGGGCUGCUAUCACAGUCAUCCCAUUGGCUGCUAAUUGGGAUCAUUAGCAACCAACAUCGAUUCACCAAGCUGACCUUUACACAUUCCUUUGUCCAGUUAUUGUUUCUGUCUCUCUUUGCUUUGUCUCUACCUGUUGUAUGCUCCCUACCCCCUCCCCACCCAUUUUCAGCAUUUGUACCAACCUUUUCCUAGCCGCAAUCAGUUUUGAAGAAGUUUUGAAUGGAGCUCAAAUGUUAACUAGUUUGCGGAGAUGCUGGCAGAGCUGGUGAAUGUAGCAAACCUCCACAUUUAGAAAAUGGAUUCCCAACUAACGAAUUUACUUCCGAGACCUUGUUUGAUGUGGGUACGAAGAUCACUUAUAAAUGUAAUUUGGGUUAUGUAUUUAAGAAAGCGAUGUUAAAUGGUUCAAGAUCUGUUACUUGCAAGGAAGAUUCAACAUGGACACCACUAGAGGUCAUUUGUGAGCCAAAAACCUGUGGUAACCCAGGCACGAUAGCAAAUGGAUAUUAUGAGGCAACAAGUGCUACUUUUGGAAGUAAAGUUACUUUUCACUGUGACAGAGGAUAUAAGAUGGUGGGUAGAAGUUUUCGAGUUUGUAAAGCUGAUGGUUGGGAUGGCCAAAUCCCAGCAUGUGAGGCCAUCACCUGUGAUGACCUUCCACCUAUCAGUAAUGGGAAAACUCCAACACCACCCUAUGGAGAUCACUGGAAAUAUGGAAUGGUUGCAGCAUAUUCUUGUAACAAUGGCAUUUCAUUGAUUGGUGCAGAUAAGCUUAUUUGUACAGCGACUGGAAAGUGGGACAAUGAUCCUCCUACAUGUAAAAUUGUUGAAUGUCAACGUCCUGAACUGCCUGCAAAUGGCAAUAUAAAAGAAGGACUGGGACCCAUAUAUAAAUAUCAAGAAACCAUCAGCUAUAUUUGUAAUGAAGGUUUUGAGAUGGUUGGCAAGCAUGUGAUUGAAUGUAAAGACAAUAAUACAUUUGUACCAGCACCACCUAUCUGCAAACCAAGGAACUGUGGAAAUCCAGGAAAUAUAUUGAAUGGAUAUUAUGAAAUCCAUAAUACAUCUUCUGAAAUGAAAGCUACUUUUUAUUGUAACAAAGGAUACCAGAUGGUGGGUAGGAACUACAGUUUGUGUAAAGCUGAUGGUUGGGAUGGCCAAGUCCCAACAUGUAAAGAAAUAAAAAUACCCCUGCCUCGUAAAAUUGGAGAGACCAAGGAGAAUCCCCCUGUAACUUAUGUCGAAGAUGGAGGAGGACUUGGUACUACAGGUAUUGUUAUCAGUUGUACUAUUGGCGUUUGUGUUGGUAUUGGUGGUGCUGCUGGAUUGUACUUUUAUAAUAAAAAACGGCAGCGUACCUUGUGUAAGAAAGUUCACAUCAAUCCUCAACCCAGUGAAAACCAAGUGGAGACCAAUGUUAAUGAGUACCAUGAUCACCCAGCAUGAUCUUUAAACAAGUCAAACUUAUGAUUAUAAUAGGUCAAAACUGAAAAUAGUACUCACUUUUGAUGUAAACUUCGGACAAAAUCCCAAUUCAGUUAAUCACAUUUCAAAUCACAAAUGAACUGAAGCACCUACCUUCUCAGAUUUAUUACAAAGCAAAUUUGAUGCAACUGUUGGUAUUUUCAACACAAAAUGCCAAAAAUAUUCCGCAGCUCUGGCAGCAACUGUGCAAAGGUAACUGUUAACAUUUGCCAUUGAUCUAAAAAGUCAAUAUUGCUGCUGUCCCCACAGAUGCUGCUAGACCUGCUGAGUAUUUCCAGCGUUUUCUUGUUGUCUUUCAGAUUUCCAGGAUCUACAAUAUUUUGCUCUAAUCUAUCAAGGAGCGAAGUUUUCGUGCCAGAUGUUCUAUCCUUUAGGCAAUUGCACUUUAGUGAAAACUUCAGGCUAGUUUUGAUUUUUGAUACCUGUGCAGUCGAUGUUGCUUUAUAAACAUGUCCACUGGAAAUUGUGAUUUAGAUUUGAACACAGUUUAAAAAAUGUUAUUCCAUUGUUUAUUUGAAUAUGUUUUAUAAAUAUAUUUGUCCCUCACUGACUGUUGUAUUUUAAGAGAUGCAAAUAGGUCCAUGAAUAAGUUAUUGUCACUUUUAUUUAGACUUCUUUGUGAAUUACUGAUUGGCAUCCUGCUUCUGGAAACUUACUGUUAAUUGCCUUAAACAGCAAAGUGCAGUAGAGUCUUUGAUGAGACCAGGCUUGAUUUUGGCUGUUCUUCACCUUACACAAUAUGUUGUAUCUGUGCAACUUCAUGAAAGAAGUAAAACUUCAGUAAUACAAAAGAAAGGUCUAUCCUCCAGUUUUAAAACAAACCCUUGAAUUUUUGUUACUGUUCUGUUUGAUGAUUAACGAAGAGAAACUAUUGUCUUUGUUGUAUUUGAAGCUAAAGCUGAAACAUGAUAGUUGAAUGCUUAUUCGUUCUCUCCUGUACCUCCCAGUUGAAACAUUCUGUUAAAAUUAGAUGCAUGGGUGUAUUUUCCGAUGAACAACUUGAAGAUGAGGUCAUUUAUUGUAAAAUUUGUUUUUGUUGAAAAGUUAAUUGUGCAUUACUUCAUACUUCUAGAGAAUCAAACUUUAAGAUAAAUCAAACUAUUUUUAUCUGAUAGCGUACUUUUGCUGAACUUGAGUCACUGUUCAGGUUCUGAUCAGUUUUUUACAACUUUUCACUGUGUUGUGAAUGGAUAAUUUUCAAAUUCCUUUUAACAUCUGCUCUAAUAUCUGAAAUACUUUGACUGUAAGUAUGCUGAAGGCAUUUCCUAAUCCUGUGUCCUGAAUGAGUUACUUGUCACAAUUUAGAGCAAUAUUUCAUACCCAUUCCACCACUAAAGGAUUAAUUCAGCGCCAUCAAAAGUUAGAGUAUCACAUUCAACAACAGCACAUUGUCUUCACCAUGCCAACACUAGUUAUUAUGCAGCAAAAAAGAAUGUCAAGUUAAAAAGCAAAUUUAUAGAAAUGAAUGCAAUGGCAAAGUGUGCGACUGAAUUCAAUAAAUUUGAUUCAUGCCUAACAACUAGCGUACAACCAAGUGAACUGCUCCGUUGUUCUUUUAAAAAUAACAACUGGCUUAUUAAUGUCAUUCAGGAAAGGGAAUAUGCCACCCUACCUGGGCUAGCUUAUUCAUGAAUCCCAAAUGAGUAGUUCAUUUUUUAUGCCUUCUGCUUUAGACAUUCAGACCAUAGUCAUAGUUCAGUUGAUUUCAUGAAAUAUUGAUGCCAUUAUUUUCUCAGGAUAACUGUAUGUAUCUGAUAUAAAUUGUAUUGGUACUGUUAUCCAUAUGCCAAGAAAAUUUGUUUUUAAAAGCAUUCAAGGUCAAACUUUGCUGAAUUGUUUAAAAAAAAAUUGGCUUGGUAUAACCAAACGUGACUCUCUUAUUAGUGAAUAUCACCAACUUCAAAAUGGUUGACCUAAAGUAGGAAAAUUAAGGAAUAUUCAUUUUAAACAAUAUUGGUAUUUAAUUUUAUCUUUGUCUAAAGAGCCCAAAAAUGCUAAUAACUCUAAUCCACAUAAUUGUAAAAAUGUUUAUGAUGCAUCUCCUGAGUUUUUGAUUUAAUUCAUUAAUGCUUUAAUCGCAAGGAGAAAGAGAGCACAAGGUUUUUACUAUUAAAAUAAAUCCGAUUUCAAUAUUUAAUUUUUCAAUCUGUUCUAAAUGAAUAUACUUUUUAACAGCAGAGGUCACGUUGGUUUAUUUUCCUGUUGUAUAAAUGUACCAUUUUAGUUUUCAAUCUCUUGCCACCGAUGGAAUCUAAUUAACCAUGCAUAUCACCUGUAUUUAUCUGUGAUCGUCUGAGUUCUGAAAUGUUGACUGUGCUUUCUCACCACAGAUGCUGCCAGACGUGCUGAGUUUUUCUGAUUUCUGGCAUUUUCAGUUCUUUGGUUUUUGAACUGUAAGUAUCAGUUCUGCUCAUCAAAGUUGAACCAUCUUGAGCAUGUUACUGUAUGUGCAAGCAAAUAAAAAUAAAAUAUGGUGGAUGCUGGAAAUCUGAAAUAGGUGAGAAAAUAGUGGAGAAAUGCAACAGUUGGAGCAGCAUCUGUGGAGAGGGAAGCACAGUUAAUGUUUUAGCUCCAAAGUCGUCUCCUUUGAAUCUUCAGGAUCUGUUUCUCCAGGAUUUUGGUUUUAUUUUAUGUAAUAAGUGCAGGUUGUUAUGAUGUAUUUAGUUUUUUUAAUUAAAGAUUUUGGGACCUCAAUCUUUGUAUAAAAUGCAAUUGUUUAGAUUUCAUUUGAACUAAAGACAAAGAUGAUGUUGAAUAUUAUCUAAUAUUUGCAUUUUAAAGACAAUCCUAUGGUAUGCAAUGGCUAGAACUGAAAUAUGAUCAGCUACCAAUGUAAUCCUAAACAGUCAUAACAAUCUUUUAGAAUUACAGUAUACAUGCAUUCUUAAAAACAAUAUGAAUUCAUUUUUAACCAAAUUUACUGUUCUAUAUAUCAAAUGAUUCUCACUGUUACAGUGUAGACUUAUUUAAUAACAAAUCAGCAGUUCUCAAGCCAUUGGUUAACUGUUGCACGAUAGAGGCGCAAGUAGGAAAAGUUGUUUUUGUUUUAUGGCAUUCUAUGAAAGAAUUGUUCCAACGAGCACCAUGUAUCAGGAUAUAUGUGUUACUUUGGCAGUUUCAAACUUUGAAAUUUAAGCUCACAAGUUUUAAGAAUACUCACUUUUAAUCUAAACUUAAUUUAAAUGUUUCCAAAAACCUUUUGGCAGACUACUUAAAAAAGACUGUGUUGAUUUUAUUGUUAGAAAAAGCUUGAUGUAUUAUUAAACAGAGGAUGAAUGA